AUGGCGGCUGAGUACUCACCACGACAGCGGUUCCAGCCUGCAAUCCCAAAGCAGCGUCCAGACAGCAGCACCGACCUCACAAGGCGCAUUGAUGAGCUGUUCGCCAAGUUCUGGGAGAAACUGCAGCUCCGAGCACAGAGCACACAGACAAGUCGGAAAACCCCCAAGAGAGCAGGUGAGAGGGGCCACGUGCAGCCGACAGCGAGGGGGGCACCCUUGGGCACGGCACUGGAUCACUCACCACCACGCACCCUCCACAGCCCAAUACAGCCCUCCAAAGACUCAAUUCAAACUAAAGGAAAUCCUGGGAUACAGCCUCACAGACAGCCCAACAGAAAGGCAGUGCACCAGCGCAGACUCGAGGGGGGCAAAACAUAUCAAGGCAGCCCACGCAGACGGCGGAGCGUAAAACCUAACCCGGCCGCGACCACAACAUCACUAACUCGAACCGACAGCAGCCAGUGUCCACGCCGACCCACAAAAAUCCCAACCGGGAACACACGCUACUCUCAGGGCGAACCGGAGCCCAGCACUGAGCAACUGACAGCGCGAGGGGAGCACAACCACCCCCAACGGGGCAUCAGAUGA